AUGUGGUUUGGUUCACACCCACCUCCUCCACCCUCCUGACUGGCGUCGGUGUUCUUCCGGCUGGCUGAGCCUCUAGCGAGAAACUGCAGCAGUGGAAGGAAGCGUCGUUUAGUUCUGACCCCCGAGGUCUAGGCUUGGGCCCUCAGAGGGUGCGUUCUGGAGAGGCCCAGCUGCUGACAGGGCUGCUUUUCCUGAACACGGUGCAAACACGUGAAGGUAGUUGGAGUCCCCUAGCAAUGGAUAAAUUCGUCCUUCGAACACCCAGAAUCCAGAAUAGUCCUCAGAAGAAAGCUCCUGGAGGAAAGAUUUACAAGCAGGCCACGAUUGAAUCUCUGAAGAGAGUUGUGGUUAUAGAAGACAUAAAAAGAUGGAAAACUAUGUUGGAGCUUCCUGAUCAAACCAAAGAGAAUCUAGUUGAAGCCUUACGAGAAUUAAAGAAGAAAAUACCCUCCAAGGAAGUGUUAAAAUCAACAAGGAUAGGUCACACUGUGAACAAGAUGCGUCAACACUCAGAUUCAGAAGUGGCUUGUCUUGCCAGAGAAGUUUACACUGAAUGGAGAACUUUCAUUGAAAAACACAAGGAUAGACCUUCUAUAGAAGUCCGAAGUGAUUCCAAAACCGAGACAUUUAGGAAAAAUGCCCAGAAAUUACUCUCAGAAGCCUUGGAAUUGGAGAUGGAUCACCUACUGGUUGAAAAUAUUGAACGGGAAACGUUUCAUCUCUGCUCCCGCCUCAUUAAUGGGCCAUACCGGCGGACAGUGAGAGCCCUGGUCUUCACAUUAAAGCAUCGAGCUGAAAUCCGGGCUCAGGUGAAGAACGGCACGCUGCCAGUCGGCACGUUUGUACAGACCCACAAAAAAUGACCUGAGCAUGGUUCCAACCCUGGGCUGGGCAGAAAGGAAAAUGGGCCUUUCUCUGCCAUUCAAAGACUCUUUUGAGUUUGGGCGAUGGCUGAUGCUGGCGGUGCUGAAUUUUCCCAUGGUGCCAUUCCUUCAGACAGAGGAUACAGAGAGCCCUGGGAGACAGACCUGCAGGAAAUGCUUCAUUAGCUGGAGUGCGCCGGUGCUGCCUAACAGGAUGCGCGCUUGCUGUCGCUAGGAAGCGCAGUACGGUUGCCAUCACCCAACACAGUGAAAGGGUGACAGAUUCCACUGUGAAUAUGCCAGGGACACCUCUAAACUUCCUCCGUGUCAGGCAGAUGAAGUUACUACUUUAUUUUGCCACCCUGCAGGUAACUGAAACUCAAUUACCACAGCUGCUCACUCAGUUCCGUCCCCCUGAGUUUAGAUAGCUCCAGUGCCUCUCAGAACUCCCCUGUCUGUACUCUUUGCUCUACCCCAGGGGUGAGCCUGCCGGAGCCCGCCAACUACCCCUUCUUUCCAGAACUCACUUAUCUGAACGUUGCAGCUCUCCCUGGAAGACCUGCGUUGGUCUCCAGAGCCCCCAUGCUGAGGCUUCUAAUGAGGAACUGUCCUGAAGCAUCCCCACACCUUGGGGUUUAUUUGAAUAUGUUGGCUCUCCCGGUUUAGGGCUCUGUAGAAGAUACAUAAUGAAAUUGCUCUUGAAAUGAAUUACUGUAGGAGAAAAAUUAUAUACAUAUGUAUUUUCAAAUGAAAUACCCGUAUAUAGACUUGCUUGAACAAUUUUGUAAGUGAUAUUUGCUUUUUUUAAAAAGUAAUAAUAAACUGGGGCUUUUUUGUCCCUAAAACCAAA